AUGCCUACCAUCUCCGUCGACAAGUACAAGCUUUACGAAGCCCUCGGUCAAAAAUUCACGACCGAGGAAUUCGAGGACCUCUGCUUCGAGUUCGGUAUUGAGCUGGACGAGGAUACGGAAAACGAUGAGCGUCCCAUUGUGAACGGCGAGCAGGAGCCUCCCCAGCUCAAGAUUGAGAUUCCCGCCAACCGAUAUGACAUGCUCUGCUUCGAGGGUAUUGUCUCCAACCUCAACGUCUUCCGCGGCAAGACUGAGCCCCCCAAAUACCGCCUUGUCGAGCCCUCUAGCGGCAAGCUAGAGUCAAUCACUGUCAAGCCUGAAGCCGAACAGAUCCGACCAUACGUCUCUGGUGCCAUCCUGCGCAACAUCAAAUUCGACAAGAGCAGAUACGAGUCUUUCAUCGCUCUACAAGAUAAGCUUCACCAGAACCUGGCCCGAAACCGAACACUCGUUUCCAUUGGUACCCAUGAUUACGAUACUAUUAAGGGUCCUUUCACCUACGAGGCUCUGCCUCCCAAGGACAUCAAGUUUACCCCCUUGAACCAGACCAAGGAGAUGGAUUCUGCUGAGCUGAUGAGCUUCUAUGAGAACGACAAGCACCUGGGUCGUUUCCUCCACAUCAUCCGCGACUCUCCUGUCUACCCUGCCAUUUACGACUCAAACCGUGUCGUCUGCUCUCUCCCCCCUAUCAUCAACGGCGACCAUUCCAAGAUCACACUUGACACCACAAAUGUGUUCAUUGAGAUCACAGCCACUGAUCUUACCAAGCUCGAUAUCGUCACUGAUAUCAUGGUCACUAUGUUCUCCAUGUAUUGCGCCGAGCCUUUCACCGUUGAGCCUGUCCAGAUCAACUCUGACCACAACAACCAGACCCGUGUCACUCCUAACCUGAAGCCCAGAGUUGCUGAGGUUGAGAUUGAUUACCUCAACAGCUGCACCGGCCUUAACGAGUCCCCAGAGAGCUUGUGCAAGCUCCUCUCCAAGAUGUCAUACACUUCUACCCCCUCAUCAAAAGACGCAAACAUUCUCGAGGUUGCUAUCCCCCCAACCCGUGCCGAUGUUCUCCACCAAUGCGAUGUUAUGGAGGAUCUUGCUGUGUGCUAUGGCUACAACAACCUGCCUCGUACUGCGCCCUCACGAAGUGCUACCGUUGGUGCGCCUCUACCUGUCAACAAGCUCAGCGACAUUAUUCGAAUCGAGACUGCUGUUGCUGGCUGGAGUGAGGUCAUGCCUUUGAUUCUCUGCAGUCACGACGAGAACUUUGCUUGGCUCAACCGUAAAGAUGAUGGCAACACCGUCGUGCGCCUGGCCAACCCCAAGACUGCCGAGUAUCAAGUCGUACGAUCAAGCCUUCUCCCUGGUCUUCUCAAGACCAUCCGCGAGAACAAGGGCCAUAGUGUCCCUAUGAAGAUCUUCGAGGUCUCGGAUGUUGUUUUCAAGGACGAGACCCAAGAGCGCAAGGCUCGCAACGAGCGACAUUUUGCUGCUGCCUGGUACGGCCGAACCAGUGGGUUUGAGGUAGUCCAUGGCCUUCUCGACCGUAUUCUGCUCAUGCUUCGCACAUCUUUCCUUACCCAUGAGGAAGGCCUGUCCGGUAAGAGCAUCGAUUUCGAGGUUAAGGAGAACCCCAGCAAGCCCGAUGGCUACUGGAUCGAGGAGCUCGAUGAUGCUACAUUCUUCGCUGGUCACGCUGCCUCUGUGUACCUCCGUCUCGGUGGGAAGGAGAGACGCGUGGGCGAGUUUGGCAUUCUGCACCCUAGCGUGUUGGAGAAGUUUGAUUUGAAAUACCCUGUUAGCACUCUCGAGAUUAACCUUGAGGUUUUCCUGUAA